UAUACACACACAGCCAGCUUUUUUUUUUUGUGUUGUUGUUGAUCCGCUGUGACUGGACAUGAAUUCGGCGGAACAGACGGUUACAUGGCUGAUUACGCUCGGGGUGCUGGAGUCGCCGAAGAAGACCAUCUCGGAUCCCGAAGCGUUUCUGCAGAGCUCCCUGAAAGAUGGGGUGGUCUUGUGCCGACUGCUGGAGCGGCUCAGCCCGGGGUCCACGGAAAAAAUUUACCAGGAGCCGAAAAACGACGGCGAGUGUCUGAGCAACAUAAAGGAGUUUCUCAAGGGCUGCACAUCGUUCCGCGUCGAGCCGUUCGAGGCCAGCGACCUGCUGCUGGGACUGAACUUCUCAAAGGUGCUGAGCAGUCUGGUCGCCCUGAAUAAAGUGACUGCAGAUAUCGGCGUGGGCAGUGAUUCGGUGUGCGCUCGACACUCUUCAGCUCACCGCAUCAAAUCGUUUGAGUCGCUGUCCUCUCAGGCUUCACUGGGCCGGUCCUCCAAGCUGCUGCAGAACCAGUUCCGCAGUCUGGACAUGUCAGAAAACAGCGGACAGCAGCUGCUGGUGAAGGCGCGUUUCAACUUCCAGCAGACCAACGAGGAUGAGCUCACCUUUGCCAAGGGUGAUAUCAUCAACGUGACUCGCCAGGAGGAGGGCGGCUGGUGGGAGGGGACGCUUAACGGCAAGACUGGCUGGUUUCCUAGCAACUAUGUGCGCGAGGUCAAGGGCUCUGACAAACAAGUGUCUCCCAAGUCUGGCACCCUUAAGAGCCCCCCUAAAGGCUUCGACACGUCUGCAAUCAGCAAGACGUACUAUAACUUGGUAUUACAGAACAUUUUAGAAACAGAAACAGAAUAUUCCAAGGACCUUCAGAGCCUCCUGACGAACUACCUGCGACCGCUUCAGAACAUUGACAAACUGGGCAGCUCGGAGGUGGCUCUGAUUCUGGGAAACCUGGAGGAGAUCAGCACCUUCCAGCAGAUGCUCGUCCAAUCGCUGGAGGAGUGCACCAAGCUUCCAGAAAGCCAGCAAAGGGUGGGCGGUUUCUUCCUCAACCUCAUGCCACAGAUGAAGGCUCUCUAUGUUGGUUAUUGUUCCAACCAUCCCUCUGCAGUUAAUGUGCUCACCCAACACAGUGACGUAUUGGGGGAGUUUAUGGAGGGGCGCGGUGCAGUCACUCCUGGCAUCCUCACCCUGACCACAGGCCUCAGUAAACCCUUUAUGAGACUGGACAAAUACCCGACUUUACUCAAAGAGCUGGAGAGGCACAUGGAGGAGAGCCAUCCCGACAGGCCAGACAUUCAGAAGUGCAUGGCGUCUUUCAAAAAUCUCUCCGCUCAGUGCCAGGAGGUGCGGAAACGCAAGGAGCUGGAGCUGCAGAUUCUCACCGAGUCCAUCCGGCUGUGGGAAGGAGACGACAUCAAGACUCUGGGCUCCGUGAUCUACAUGAGCCAGGUCUUAGUCCAGAGUCACGCGUCAGAGGAGAAGAACGAGCGUUACCUCAUGCUCUUCCCCCACGUCCUCCUCAUGUUGUCUGCCAGUCCCAGGAUGAGUGGCUUCAUAUUCCAGGGAAAACUGCCCCUUGCUGGCAUGAUAGUGACCAAACUAGAAGACUGUGAAGCCCAUAAAAACUCCUUUGAGCUCAACGGCACAAUGUUUGACCGUCUCCAGGUGGUAUGCGCCAACCAGCAGGACCUGCAGGACUGGGUGGAGCACCUGACCAGACAGAUCAAACACACUGCAGCCACAGCGCCCAGCCACAAACCACUCACUGUUCCCUGCCACACGCUCCCGUCUCACCCCCUCACCCCUUCCCGGCACGCUGAGGGGAGGUCCAUGACAGUGGCUCCUACCUACCACACCCUGCCUCACCCCUCCUCCCACGGAACCUCCCACAGCACCAUGAUGUGGGGCCCACUGGAACCACCCAACACCCCCAAACCCUGGAGCCUGAGCUGCCUGCGACCUGCACCCCCACUACGGCCCUCUGCUGCCCUCUGCUACAAGGAGGAUCUUAGUAAAAGUCCUAAGAGUGUGAAGAAACUUCUUCCAAAGCGCAAACCUGAGAGGAAACAGUCUGAAGAGGAAUUUGCCUUGAGAAAGAGUACAGCAGCUCUGGAAGAAGACGCCCAGAUCCUGAAAGUUAUCGAGGCGUACUGCACCAGCGCCAAAACCAGGCAGACUCUUAACUCCACCUGGCAGGGCACUGACCUGAUGCACAACCACGUGCUUGCGGACGUGGACCAGUCCUGCGUGGACUCGCCGGGCCGCCGUAGCAGCGUGUCGCGGCCAGAACUGACCUCCGACCUUUCGGAGGACUCUGACUAUGACUCCAUCUGGACCACCCACAGUUACAGGAUGGGCUCGGUGCCGCGACCGCGAAGGGAAACGGGGCUGCAUGUGAUCAUCCCUGGUGAGCAGAAAGUCCUUGUGGAGGAUCCCAGUCGCAACGGGCAAAGUGCAGCGGAAGAGAAGAGCCUGGUGGAUGUGGUGUACGCCCUCAGGGAUGAAGUUCAAGAGCUGAAACAGGAUAAUAAGAAGAUGAAGAGGUCUCUGGAGGAGGAGCAGAGAGCCCGGAAGGAACUAGAAAAAGUAGUGAGGAGGGUGCUGAAGAGCAUUAAUGACCCGACGUGGGAUGAGACGAACCUGUGAGGCUAAAGUGCACGUCCGUCUGAAGCUCUGAGAAAGAAAGAGGCAUGAUACCAUGAGUGGACUUUGCUUGCAGUGUGUGUGAAAUGCACACACUCACAUCCAUAAUUUAAGGUUGGUCGAGUGUGAGUGAGAGCAAGAGUGCAUCGGUAAACAGGUAAUUGUGUGCUUGUUUGAGAUGGAUGUGUGUGUGUGCGCGCUUUAAGAGGAGUGUUGUUGCCGCCACUCUGCUUGAUAGGCAGGCCUCACUGGGAUGUACUGCUGAACUGCAUCCACCAUCUAUUCCACAAUAACAUUCCUUGAACGCAAAGUUAAGGGUGAACAAAUCAUACUCUUCUAUCAUCUAUCAUCAGUGUCUCUGGCUGUGUUCAGGAGGCUGGAAGAUAACCGGAGAGAGCUGCUCUCCUUCUGUUUACAAUCAUUUCACAGGACCACUACGCAGCGGUACAUAAAUGGUACUUCAGUGGUGGUAAUGGUCACAAAGGCCUUGGAUGAGUCUGAACUUGAAUAAUGCCAUUUCAUAACCUCUCUUAUGUUAUUUAAUUUUUAUAUGGGAUGAUUUUUUUUUUUGCAGGGUACCUUUCUGGGACACAGACUAAGCCUUUUAGCCUGUUAGCAAAGCUUGUGCCAGGAAACUCAUCUUCUGUGUCUUAUUGUUUUUGUUUUUAAAUCCUUUUUGUGCUCUUUAUUGUUUGACCACUUUCCGGGCGUCCUAAGGGAAUUGUACAGAUAUUGAACUUGUACUGUAUAAUGUAAAUACUGCAAAAAGAUGAGCCUUUGUCCUUUGGGAGAAAUAAAUGUGUGCUUUCAAGAA